GCAAGAACUUGUGCUACAUCUCGAACUUAAAUUUAAAACUUGGUGCAAAUACAGAACAAGGUGAAUCAUGCAUUUGUUGCUCGGGCCAUUCGGUACUGCUUGAACGUCUUUGAUCAAGUCAAGACGUUACCUGUGUUGGUAGUGAUCGGCAUCGAAGGUUUCUCAAGCAAACAGUUUCGUGAUUUCGCAUUUGACAAAGCCGACAGCAAUCCAUUUUACACGCAUUUCUGCCGAUCGUGGGCGAAGCAAGUCCAAGUAUACACUGCGGACUCCAUUGCCAAACACAUUGACAGUUCACCAAUGGAUCUAAUGAUUGCAUUGGCAUAUGUCCUUAUCCUCCUAGAGAAAAACGUAAGGGUGCUUGAUGAAUAUGACGACCCAACCAUCCAAGGUAUCUACAAGACAGCCCUGAAGAUUUUCUCCAUCGAAAAAAACGUCAAUACCUAUUUGGCCUCACGCGCUGAGUCAUUUUGUGAUGCUAUGGCCAGCCAGUUCGCGAAAACUCUCAAGUACGAAAAAGAUUGCUCAGAGGAGUCCAGAAAAAGACUUCGUCAGUACGCGAAGAUGGAAUGGAUUUCGCUCGACAAAUGAAACGUCAACAUCUUUGCACAGAAUCUCCAAGUGUUACGCCAAUCAGAGCUACAAGUCCAGAGAAAGAAAGUGGAGAUCUAACCUUCGUAACCAGCGAGAGAGCCCAAUCAUCUGGAAGGUUCAACUGGGCAGAAUGCUAUGAAAAGGGUAAUGUUUAGCAGAUAUACCAGCCAUAUCAGCCUUAAGCAGGCAUUCUCUAGGAAUACUCUGUAGCUUAUAUUACAAUAAAUGAUUUCUCGCACUGCCAAAAAC